AUAUACUUUUAUAACUGAUGAUUUUAACUAUUUAAAACGUACUAGGUAGGUAUAACUACAUUAUGGGAAUUGAGGAUACAGGACCUCCCGCCAGAGAGAUUCGACGAAGCUGCGGAUUUGAUGGUGAAGUAUUUCGUCACGGAGGAACCUUAUCGGAAGGCAACAGGUUUUCCGAAAAAUCCAGUAGCUCUAGAAGAAUACAGAUUAUACAUAAACAGAGUAUUUCGUGAUCCAGUCAGUCGCACCGUAAUGUGUUGUGCCGACACUGAUGACGACACCCAGGAUAUUAUGGGCAUUUCCUGUAUAGCUGAGGAAAAGGAAACAAAUUGGAAUAUGACUGCUGGCAUGGAAACAGAAGAAGCCAAAAAGUAUAACGAAAUAUGUGCCGAUGACGAGUUAGGCUUCGACUUGAUGAAAAAAUUCAAUAUUCCGUCGCACUACGCUGAUAAAUCAUUGCUAGUGUUACCGAAGUACCGAGGACACUGUAUAUCACAACAGUUUUAGACAGUCAGACGUAUAAUGUGUGCAGUCCACGGCAUACCCAUGACUGGAGCUUGGAUGUCCACUUACGCUACGCAGAUUGCUGCUGAGCGUGACGGGUGGAAAACUUACUAUGAGAUUGACUAUAAGGAAAUGUCGCGAAAAUAUGGAAUUACAUUUGAAGAUGUACCUCCGACUGAGAAGUAUAUGGCCGCUGGACCUCAUCCGGAUUAUAAUGUUUCCAAAGAAUAAAGUCAGCCUUAUAUAAGUCAUAA